AUGGGCUUUUACAAGUCAGACACCGAGAAGUCAGCCCAGGCAGCACAGGCAGCACAAGUUGAUCUGGAGAUGAGUUGCCUGACCCUUCUGCCCACUGAGAGCAGGGCCAGGGGACGGGUGUUGCCUCUGAAAGACAGGGGAGACACAGAGACCAUGAAGGAACGGACUCAAAAUCACACAGUGGAAGGUUUGCCUUCUCCAGCUACUGACGGGCUCCAAGAAAAGGAAGGCAAGCCCCAAAUGCUGGUACCGGUUACACUCCGGGAUGUGGCUGUGGUCUUCACGGAUGCAGAAUGGAAGGGACUAAGCUCUGAACAGAGGAACCUCUACAAAGAAGUGUUGCUAGAGAAUUACAGGAAUCUGCUCUCGUUGGGUAAGGAUGUGUUAUUUCCUUCAUUAAUUCAGUAG